AUGUGCUGCAACUUAUCCCCUAAAUCUCUUAGAUGCAGUAAUGGCUUUUUCACAGUUCUAGCUAUUAUUGUAUCAGUAGUUGUACUAGUACUUAGUGUUGUGUCAGGAAUUAACUACAAGCAGGGAUUUAUUUUUGUAGAAUAUGCUAUUAACUGGAGUAAUGAAGUUAUUAUUGACGUCGCAUAAGUAGAUGCUAAAACAGGAUAAUGUACUCAAACCAAUUUACCUGCUUUGGCUUAUCAAUUUGGCGGUUUGAGUAGUGGCUGUGACUGCACUAGCUCAGGAGGCUCUGUUUCAACAAGCUCUUGUUCAUCUUCAUAGGCUGCAACAUGCGCCAACGUUAAAGCAAUUCCUAAAACAGUUAUGCAAAAUUGGAUAGAUGCAAGUGGAAAUCCUCUUCGUCUCUGCUUCACACGUCUUCCUGGCUACAAAUUUUCAUAAAAAUUCCUUAUUAAUGGUUAAUGCAGAGAUCCUGCGAACGAAAAAAUGUGUGGUGGAUCAGAUCCUUUAAUCGCUUUCUGUGUUCCAAAAAAUUAAAAAUGCCCUGUAUAAUCAAUUUCUACAUCUUAAGUCAAUCCAACUGAUGAAUAAAUCGGUACCACUGGACUCUGGCUAUAAAGAGGUAAUGCUAACUAAUUAGGUUUGAGCGAACUCUACCUCUCUGAGCAAUAAGGAAUGUGCAUAGACUCCUUUUUAGCCUAUUGGGAUGGAGUACAAAAACCUUACAAACUUCUUAAAGAUUAUUAUUAUGGUAAAUGCAAAGUCGAUACUGUUUACUGGACCAAAGUUCAAGAUACUUCUAAAGCUAAUUUCUUUAAGGCAAAUGGAUAAGACCCAACUAAUUUCCCAGGUUUGGUAACUGGUAGCAAUGUUAGUCUUUAGUAAAGAAAGUACUUGCCUUGGAAUUAAUAAUGUAGAACAGGAAGUUAAAUGUCUGAUUUAAUUAAAGUAACUCUUAACUAUGUCAGCGAUUACAACAACCAUUAGUAUUUAUAUAAAGUAUGUAUUGGAAAUGUUGUCUUUUUAGGAAUUUAUUGUCUAUUCCUCUUCAUGGGCUGCUUCACUAGUCAAAUAAAACGUAAGUGCUGUGCUUGCAGAGGGUGCUGUAAGACAAGCUUUUGCUGUUGCCCUUGCUUAAAAGAAGGUUGCACUAUUUCUAUUUGCACUUUAAGAUCUCCUGAAUGUAUUAGAAGGUGGUGGACAAAAAAAGACUUAGAAGAUUCUUGCUACGACUAUUGCAAAUUAGUCGAUCCUAUCCAUAUCCUUUUAAUAAUUGUUAAGUUUGGCUUUGACUUUGCAAUGCUAGGUUUGAGUGUAAUGAAUUUCUUAAAUGUCAAAUCUUACAAAAAUUCUUUAUCUGAUAUUGCUAAAUUAAAUUGUUCAACUGAUGAUUUCAAUAGUUCUGUUAAAUCAACAAGCGACAGUUUAAACAAUAUCGUAAAUCCUUUAGAUGCUGUUAUCCUAGCAAUCUUAGUAGUUUAUGUUUGUCUCUCAUUUUUAGGUAUCAUCACCUAUAGCUGCAACUAAGUUUCUAAAAGAAGAGCUAUGCUCAAGUAGAAAUAUUAACUCAAGUAAGUAAAAGUAAUAGAUGAAUGUGAUUAAACAAUACCUACUAUUAUAAGUUAAAAUGCUGUAGUAGGUGAAACUCCAAUCCAAAAUGGAUAAAACGUAACUAUGCAGUUGUAAUAAAAUCUGUAUCCUUAACAACAACAAUAACCUUAUCCUUAAUAACAAGUCAAUCAUUAACCCUAUUAAGUCAAUCCUUACUAGCCUGCUCAACCACCCUUGAUGUAACCAUAAUACUAGUAAGUAAAUAUGUAGCCCAUGUAAAUAGUUCAACCCGUUUACUACUAACAACCAUAAAACUACCCUUAAAAGCACUAUUGA